AUGUUGGACUCGGCGUCGCUUCUGAAGCUGCUCGCGCUGCUGGGCCUGGCUGCGGCCGUGGCCAUCCUCGGCCGGCGCAUGCUCCUCCCGCGGCGCUACCCGGGCAUCCCAUACAACACGGCGUCGGCGGGGCGCAUCAGCGGCGACCUUCCCGACCUGAUGCCCGUGUACCGUGCAACGAACGAGGUCACCCGGGCGAUCGCCGACAUCACCACGCGCAAGCUCGGGACGCCUAUCGCGCAGCUGCUGUUCCCAAGCGUCCGCCGGCCGCUGAUCGUUGUCGACGACCCGCGCGAGGUCGAGGAUAUCGUGGUGCGCCGCAACAAGCAGUUCGACCGGGCACCCACCUUCGUCGGAAUGUUCAAACCCAUGUUCCCCACCGCCACCAUCUCGCAGUUCACGACGCCGGCGCUCAGGGCCCAGAAGCGCCUGUGGGCCGACGUCAUGAGCACCGAGUUCCUGCGCCGCGUGGCCGCCCCGAACAUCCACAGGUCGGCCAGCGAGCUGGUCGAGCUGUGGCGCCUCAAGGCGUCGACCGUGCAUCGCGACCGGCCCUUCGAUGUGCACGAGGACUUCAAGGACGCCACGCUGGACGUCAUCUGGACCACCGUCGUGGGCGACAACCCCGGCGCCACGCGCUACUCGAUCCAACGCCUGCAGAGCCAGCUGGCCGGCAAGGAGGCCGCCGACCUGACCCCGCCCGACGGUCACUGCAUCAAGGAGCAAGUUGCGUACAUAAACGAUGCCAUCGCGCGCGCCGACAGCAGCGUCAUCCCGCCCCUGGCCCUCAAGCUGCAGACGUACACGGCGCGCUACCGCAAGUUCCGCCGUACCGUCAACGGCGAGAUGCGCCGCGCCAUGCAGAAGGCCGCUGGCCGGUUCCACAGCCUCGAGGUCGGCCGGCUCGAGGACGAGGCCAUCGACCGGUGCGCCAUGGACCUCGUCCUCCGCCGCCAGAUCCUGCAGGCCAAGAAGGCCGGCGUGACCCCGUCGGACCCGACGCGCGACCAGACCAUGUUGGACGAGAUGUUUGUCCUGCUAGUCGCGAUUGUUCAAGCCGACGUGCCCUACCUGGACGCCGCGUGCGAGGAGACCUUCCGGCUCUCGUGCACGGCCACCUGCAGCCUGCGCCAGGCGCUCGUCGACACGCACGUUCUGGGCUGCCCCGUGCCCAAGGGCGCCGAGCUCCUGCUCAUCUACUGCGUCGACCGCGCGCCGCCGCCCGUCGACGAGGCCCUCCGCAGCGACACGUCGCGCGCCUCGGCCGAGAAGCUCGGCGACGGCCUGCAGGGCGCGCCCGGCCGCGACCUCGGCACGUUCCAGCCGCGCCGCUGGCUCGUCCGGGACGAGCAGACGGGCAAGGAGGUGUUCAAUGCCUACGCCGUUCCGUCGCUGACGUUUGGCGGCGGAUACCGCGGCUGCUUCGGACGCAAGCUUGCCGUUAUGGAGCUCAGGAUCAUGGUCGUGCUCCUGAUUCUGAGCUUCGAGUUCCUGCCGCUGCCAGAGGAUCUCAGGGGGAUGUCGGCCCACGAGAAGGUGUUCCGGGAGCCUGAUUUUCCGUUUGCAAAGGUACGGGUGCUGUGA